GCGUUGCCCGCCGGCACUCAGGGACCAGCCGCCGCCUGUGCUCAGCUUGGGGCCGGCAUGGGAGGGGUGGCCGGGGCGUCAUGAUGAGCGCCCUGGGCAGCCCUGUGCGGGCCUACGAUUUUCUACUUAAGUUCCUGCUGGUGGGCGACAGCGACGUGGGCAAGGGCGAGAUCCUGGCCAGCUUGCAGGACGGAGCAGCCGAGUCUCCUUAUGGCCACCCGGCUGGAAUUGAUCACAAGACGACCACCAUCCUGCUAGAUGGCCGAAGGGUGAAACUGCAGCUUUGGGACACCUCAGGGCAGGGGAGAUUUUGUACCAUAUUCCGCUCGUAUUCCAGAGGAGCACAGGGUGUGAUCCUGGUCUAUGACAUUGCCAACCGAUGGUCCUUUGAUGGCAUCAAUCGAUGGAUUAAGGAGAUUGAUGAGCAUGCCCCUGGGGUUCCUAAAAUCUUGGUGGGAAACCGGCUGCACCUGGCAUUCAAGCGGCAGGUGCCCACUGAGCAGGCCCAGGCCUACGCUGAGCGCCUGGGUGUGACCUUCUUUGAGGUUAGCCCUCUGUGCAACUUCAACAUCACAGAAUCCUUCACGGAGCUGGCUAGGAUCGUGCUGCUGCGGCAUGGGAUGGACCGUCUCUGGAGACCGAGCAAGGUACUGAGUCUGCAGGACCUCUGCUGCCGUGCUGUGGUGUCCUGCACACCUGUGCACCUAGUGGACAAGCUCCCUCUUCCUGUUGCCUUAAGAAGCCACCUUAAGUCAUUCUCUAUGGCCAAUGGCCUGAACACCAGGAUGAUGCAUGGCCGCUCCUACUCCCUAACUGCUAGCUCCAGCCACAAGAGGAGCAGCUUCUGCAAAGCCAGGACCAGCCGCCCACCCCAGAGCCCACCCAGAAACUGUACCAGGAAUAGCUGCAAAAUUUCUUAGGAACUAGAAUUGGUGGCACAGGCCUAUCAUCCCAGCUACUCAAGAGGCUGAAGCAGGAGGAUCACAUGCUCAAGGCCCACCUGGGCUAUAGAAUGAGUUCAAGGCCAGCCUGGGCAACUAGUGAGACCCUGCCUCAAAUUAAAAAGUAAAAAGAGGGCUGGCUCUCUAGGAGAGUCUGGAGGACAGAGACCAUUCUAGACCCAAGAAACAUAUUCUCCAUCUCUUACAGUAAUGAUGCUACUUCAUUUGGAAUGCCUAUGCCACUGAUGUAGUAUGAAUGCCCAGUGCGCUGUGACUGACACUUCUGUGUGGAUGUGCAUGAAGCUCUUGUUCUAGACUUGUGUGUACAAAGGGAAAAAUUAAUAUUCUGCCCUACUCUUGAUAAUAUGAAAUUAUGGAUGUUGCUUUUAUCAUGAUUGCUGUGCAACUUUUUCUGUAACUGCUUUUAUAUGGCUGAUAAAAUGUGUG